AAAAGAUUAGUCCCUCAUUUUACCGAUGGGCUCAGAUGGAAAACCAUGCUGUCCAAGGGACAGAAGGACGUGUAUGGCAUGUCAAGAACAAAAUAGGUGAAGGCAGCUGUUGUUCUGUUUAUAGAGCUGUGGAGGCAGUGGGCUUUGGUGAGGUAUGUAUCAAAGUAUAUAGAGCAGAUUCCAGAUAUGUGUUUGCCUGUGACAGAGAGCGAAUUCUCCUGGAUAUUCUCCACACAAAACACCCAAGCAAUCAACACAUAGUGAACGUGUUAGACUACUGCAUCCUUGACAAUAACCAACACUGUUUAGUUCAGGAACAGUUAGACUUAGACAUCAGGCAGUUGCUCCUGAAGAGCAGUGGGAGGCUGUCGCUAUAUCACAUACAGAGACUUGCCAGGGAUAUUUACCAUGGUCUGUGGUGUCUGCACAGUCUUGGCUUUGUCCAUGGGGAUGUGAAGCCUACCAACAUUUUAUGGAGUGGUCAGAGUGGCUGUUGGAAGCUGAUAGAUCUUGGUCUCAGCUUCCACACUGAGGAUAAAGACGUAGGGCAGAUUCAGACCUCUGGUUAUCGGGCACCAGAGAGCACUCUCUGGAAUGAAACUGCUGAGGAAAACAGACACCAGGUGUCAGCACCAGGCUGUGAGGCAGAUAUGUGGAGUGUGGGCUGUGUAAUGCUUGAAGCGUUCACUGGAGAAAAGUUCUUGAAGAAAGGGGACACUGUGGCAGUUUGUGAAAUUUGCAAGAGUACAGCCCCAAAAUAUACUCAGUGUAGAUACUAUGCAAGAGCUUGCCAAACAAUAACCUCAUCCAAAACCGAAGAACACUCAGAUGAAAAAGUGUUUAAAGCUUUUAGUAACAUGAUUUGCAGCUUAGUCACAUGUCUUCCAAAGAACAGAGCUAAAGCAGAAUGUGCUAAUUUACCUCAAGAUCACUUCCUGGAUUACUCAAUAGCUCCCACCUAUCAUGAUUUACUGCUGUUACCCACAUGUGUUCUCAGACUCCUCAAUGUUCUUGAUGAAGGUGAAGAUGAAGAUGAAGAUAGAGAUGAGGAGCGAUAUAAAGAUAUCCAGACUGAUGUGCUUAGUGAGUGUGAGAAGUAUGGGCAUGUAGUGAAAUGUGUGAUACCAAAGGAGGGACCAGGAAGAGGAAAGGUGUAUGUUGAGUUCAGUCAGUGCAGGGAUUGUGAGGUGGCAUUCUCCUCACUGUGUGGAAGAACUUUCUCCGGAAGAACAGUCAUCACCACAUUCUUCCCCCAGGACUGGAUGGAGAGUGGGAGACUUCUGUAAACAACAAAUGCUGGAUGUUUGUGUAUGUGGGAAAUACAGUUGAGAUAGUAUUCAUACAU